AUGGAGAAUCUGUCCUCAGAUACAGGCAGUGUGGAGCAGAUGACCACACGUCCGCUACUGAAUUGCAUUUGUCCCCAGACAGUUUUCUACAUAAUCCAGAAUUGCCACGGUGUAUGUGGAGAUGAGCGACUGGGUCUCCAGAGAGAGCCCAAUCCCUGUCCUGUAAUAACUGUAGAGCACUUUAAAGAUUCAGCCGGUGUUAAAGGCCUUCCCCUGUAUCCAGACCCCUCAAGAGUACCUGGCACGAAAACGCAGAACAAUUUAGAAUCUGACUACUUGGCCCGAGAUGGCCCUUCAAGCAACAGUUCAUUCCACAGCAGUGAAGAGGAAGGGACUGAUCUCGAGGGGGACAUGCUGGACUGCAGUGGGUCUCGACCACUCCUCCUGGAGUCUGAAGAAGAGGACGAGAGCUGCAGGCCUCCACAGGGGAAGCUGGGAGGAGCUAUUCCGUUCACUCAGCCAGAGGUCUCUACUGAGCAAGCAAAGGCAGGCCAGGGUGGCAGAAAGAACCAGUUCCGAGCCCUCCCACAACCAACCAUGGACGGUCUCGGGGAGCCGGAUGUUUUUGCCACAGCCCCCUUCAGGAGCUCAAGGGUUCCAGCUGAUGACAUGGAUAUUUUCUCCAAAGCCCCAUUUGCCUCCAAGGGCAGUGUGGCUCCUUCCCAGCCAGAGGAGGCGGACGUGUUCUUGAGAGCUCCUUUUACCAAGAAGAAGAGCUUGGAGGAGUUACCAGUUGCCCAGAGCGCCUCCCAGGAGUUGCCUGGGCUGGCCAGUCUCCUCAGUGAGACUGAUGAGGUCCCUCUGCUCCCAGGCCUUGAGAGAGCAGUGUAUGCCCCCGUCCGAGCUCAGUACUCCAUGGCUGCUUUCGUCCCGCAGUCUAACCCCCCCUCCCAUUCCGCACAAGCAGCAGACCAUCCUGACAGCAUCCCUCCCAGGGGAUCCUCCCUGGAAUCUGGGGGCCAUCCUAAUGACAGAAACAAAGGACCUCAGCCCCAGAAAGAAGCUGUCUCAGGCCCCGUGGUGGGCAAACCAUUCCGCCCCCAGUCUUUAUCCAAAUAUUCCCGUCACUAUAGCCCAGAAGAUGAGUCAAGUCCAGAAGCCCAGCCCAUCGCUGCCUACAAAAUUGUUUCACAGACCAACAAACAGUCAAUAGCUGGAUCUGUUUCCAUCACAUCCCUUUCCUCCAGGACUACGGAGCUGCCAGCCAUGGAUCCGUUUGCUCUAGCACCCUUUCCUUCAAAAUCAGGCCUCCGGCCCUCACGGCACCCAUCAAGAAGGAAAGGUGACGCCCGGCUCCGCUUGCGUGCCGAGUGCCGCGUGCCUUACCGAGGACGCCUGCGCAAGUGUCUCCGGGGCAUCUCCCCGCCCUGGCGCAGGCUUACUGUGUAG